GCGGGCGGGCGCAGACACCUGUCCAGAGACCUGUCGUUGUGGUCGUUGGCCACUGGGGUUUUUUCCAGGCGUGAGGAGGGGAGGAGUUUGUCCAGCGCGGGAGUCCGGGCAGGGGCGCCUCUCGAAGGGUGAGUCAGAAAACAUCUAAAUAUGGUGCCCUCUGGAAGAAAACGUGGCGGGAAAUCGGGGAAGACAUCGAUGGAGGAUCAGGUUAUAAGAGCCUAUGACUUUGAAAAAGAAGAUAAGAAAAUUCUGAGUCGUUCAGAGGAGGAAGUUACUGAAGGGAUCACUCCAGUAAUUGAAAAGCAUGGGAAGAAAAGGACUUCUGCAGGAGUAGUUGAAGAUGUGGGGGGUGAAGUACAGAAUAUGCUGGAAAGAUUUGGAGCUGACAUUAACAAAGCUCUUCUUGCCAAGAGAAAAAGACUAGAAAUGUAUACUAAGUCUUCUCUCAAAACCAGUAACCAGAAAAUUGAACAUGUUUGGAAAACCCAACAAGAGCAAAGGCAGAAGCUUAACCAAGAAUAUUCUCAGCAGUUUCUGACUUUGUUUCAGCAGUGGGAUAUAGAUGUGCAGAAAGCUGGGGAACAAGAAGAAAAACUAGCUAAUAUGUUUCGACAGCAACAAAAGGUUUUUCAACAAUCUAGAAUUAUUCAGAGCCAGAGACUGAAAACAAUUAGACAGUUAUAUGAGCAGUUCAUAAAGAGUAUGGAGGACUUGGAGAAGAAUCAUGAUAAUCUACUUACUGGUGCACAAAAUGAACUUAGGAAAGAAAUGGCUAUGUUGCAAAAAAAAAUUAUGAUGGAAACUCAGCAGCAAGAGAUGGCAAGUGUUCGCAAGUCUCUUCAAUCCAUGUUAUUCUGAAGACUCUUUGAAGGAAGAACUUGAACCUAAAUAAUAUGAUAACAGUUAUAACAUUAGCUAAGAGGCAUAUAAGUCUUUACAGUGGUUUAAAAAUUGUAGUUUAAAAUAUUACAUGGUGUUAAUCAUUGUUAAUGUCCAAAUAAAAUCUGAAGUUAUGUGAGUAGCAGCAAUUCAUAAAUUAUAUGUACCGAGCUUUCAGCUCUUUAAUAGUAAUAGUGAAUUUUUGUUUCUAACACUUGUCAAUUAACUUUUAGCAAUAAAGAUGAUUUAACUUUAGGUUUUGGCUUCAGUGUAUCUGUAUCAGUCCCAAAAGGUAGAAAGCAUAAGUAUAGAAGGUUACAUUGUUCUUCUUUAAGAAAAAAAAUACAAAAUCUAUUUUAUAUGUACAUCCUUUUGUAUAUACUCAUUAAGUUACACAGCCAAUUCUAAUAAAAAUAAAAUU